AUGAAAUUUCCAAAUAUUGGCAUUGAAAUUGCCUAUAAUUCAGGUGUUAUGGUUGGUACUUCGGGCAGAGUUGUUAGGCAUGGGGUAGACAGUGUGAUCGGCGAUAGAGUUAGCUGGGUGUGGUACAUGAGGGAUGAUAUUUACAAAUUUGUUGAUAUACCCCGAGGACACUAUUCCAAG